AUGGAGGCACAGAAACAGCCUGCUUUUACAACUGCACUAGCAGAUCGACCAGUUCCAACAUCUUCUCUUCAGCCUGCACAGGGUUCCUCAGAUCUCAGCCAAGGCAGCGUGAUUCCUCAGCAGAAACAAGCCCUGUCCCAGCCUGUGUAUCUAAAAGCCCUCACCAUACCACUGUACCAGCCUGUCCAGGCAGGAUGCUUUCAGCCAAACAGUCAGUUAGUGACUGGCAGGAGCUGUCUCAAUCUAGACAGCAGUAACAUACCUCUAAUCCUGAAUCCACUUGUUCCCUCGGAAGGCACAGAUCAGCCUCAGCCAGUUUUUCAGAAACUUGGGCAAACUCUAACAUUGAACAUAGUGAGCACUUUACCAGUUUUAUCAUCACCGAGUUCUUGUGUAAAUGCUUCUAUUGGAAGCCCAGGAAAACCAAAGAAAGCUGGGAAAUAUAUCUGCAAACACUGUGGACGAGAUUGUUUGAAACCAAGUGUCCUUGAGAAACAUAUUCGCUCUCACACGGGAGAGAGGCCCUUUCCAUGCACCACUUGUGGUAUUGCAUUUAAAACCCAAAGCAAUUUGUAUAAACACAGGAGAACUCAGACACACGUCAACAAUGCCAGACUGCCCUCAGACUCUGAAAACAGUGCCACAUUGGAGCAAAAUGAGAAAUCAGCAGAAAGCAUCACCUGCCAUCAAGGCAGCAAACGACUCGGUGGCACCUCUGAAGACAAGCGGGUACAGAUGCAAGAGAUGAGCUCAGAGCCCAGUGUUGUAACAGACACUAAGAAAAUCCUUAAUGACCUUUCACUGCCCACAACAAGCAAUUCAUCAUUUGCUUCAGAAAAUCAAGAAACAACCACUCUAGCUUCUAGUUCAAAGGCUAAUCAGGUGGUUCCUGAAAGAGAACCUCAAAGUUUAUCAUCUCCAGGAGCUUUGCCAAAUGGUCAGUGCCAGAGGAAGAAGAUACAGGAGCAAAGAACUCCGACUGCCAAUAAGCAUAUGCCAUUGCAAAGGCAGCAAGCAACCUCUUCAGAAAAACAGUGGGAUUGCAAGCCAUUUGACUGCAAGCUAAAGAAGUGUGAGAGCACUGACUCAGGGUAUCUGUCACGCUCUGACAGCACAGAACAACAGAUGGCAUCACCCAGCCCGCUGCACAGUCUCCAUGAACACAGCACAGAGCUGGAAAAUGAAACUGCCUUCAGCAGCUUCAGAUGUUCCUCUGGCAGCAGCACAAAGCUGGAUGCAGCUGAGAAAGCUACAGCAUUGAUGCUAGAGAAGAAGAGGCUGGAAGAACACAUUUCAAAACUUAUUUCUCAUAACAAAAGCGUGGUGGAUGAUACCCAGUUAGACAAUGUUAGGCCCCGAAAAACCGUCCUUUCCAAGCAGGGGAGCAUUGAUCUGCCAAUGCCUUAUACAUACAAAGACUCUUUCCAUUUUGACAUGAGAACUUGUGAUGUGAAUAGGAAAAAGAAUCUUCCCCUUUAUUCAGCAAAAUCUACUUUUGCACCCCUAGAAAAAUGCAAGGCAGUGUUUUUCCAUUCAGUUCCCACCCAGUUCUCCACAACAGUCGAUAGCGUGCCUGUUACACGCAGUAACUCCCUGCCCUUCGUGGAGGGCACAGGGAUGGUACAUGACAAAGCAGGCUGCUCAAAACCACUUUCUCUUACUAAGCAGUCUGUAAAAACAGGCACUGCUCCUUUGCUGCCUAGCAACAAUCUUGCUGCAAAUUCAGUGGAUUUUCCUAACAGCCAUCCCCGAGCUCUUGUCAGACAAACAGCAGUGGAUGAUUUGCCACUAAGUAACGUGGUCGAUCAUCCUCCUCCAUCAGAGGAGCUGCAAGGCAGCAAAAAGCUUGAGGCUGGACAGGUAAUCAGUGCCAAAAAUAAGAAACAAAGGAAGUUAAAGAUGUUCUCCCAAGAAAAAUGGCAAAUGUAUGGAGAUGACACAUUUAAGAAAAUCUACCAAAAAAUGAAAAGCAGUCAAAAUGCCAAGAAAAUGAAACAAAAGGGGAAUAAGAUUAUAGGUACUACAAGCCUCAGUCCUGAUUCAAAGCAGUCAGUCAGCAGCACUGAGAUUACUGAGGAAGGAGAUGGCAGGAGUUCCUCCCUCAUGACAACAGGUUUAAACACUGGUAAAUCAGAAACCUGUACCAAUGGUAAUCAUCUUCUCCAGAACGUGUCCCCUGAGGAAACUGCAGCCAGUGUAACUUACCUGACGGAGCCAGCUCGUUCAGGAAACGCUAAUGCACAGGCUGUAAGGAGCAAAACGUCCCCAGACCCCUGUGGCAGUGACACAGAUAAACACACAGCUGGCAACAGCACAGUGCUGGCUCCAAGCAGGUGUGAGCUCAGGCCUGAAAGCACUCCGUGUCAGCUGAACACUAGCAGAAGGAAUGACGACUGCUUGCCAGCACAGAGUAGCAAAUGCAAAACCCCAAGCCUUGGGAAGGAAUCCAGUACUUUGGGAUCAGAUUGCAAAAGCACUCCAGACAAUUACAGAAACCACAGUAGGAAUAAGGACACUGCCCAGCAUGCCCUGACACCCCCAUGGGUCCAUUGCAACAACAGAGAAGCCACAGGGAAAUUCCAGAAUUUACCAUCAGAAAGAAAAAAGCUAAAAUUUGAAGUGGAGAAGUCACAAAACAUUAUUUCAAAGUCCUGUCCUAGUUCCAAUGGUGAAAACAAUGCAGUAAAUGAAGCAGAGAGAGUCUGUUGCACUAGCACUCAGUGUCCUUCCACAGCACCAGUGAAAUCCUCCAGUAAGGGAGAGGAGCAAGAAGCAAGCAAAGGAAUUAAUGAAACCACUGGAGGUACUGAGAAUGUGGACUGUAUGAAAACAACCAAACUCCUCACAAAAGCACUUAAUUACAGUGGAGUUAACCCUCCCUCACAUUCAGUAGGUAUCUCAAGGGCUUCAUAUGUUGGAUUUGUUGGGCCUGAAGUAAGGGGAAGUGGUUGCAACUCUUUUGACGUGCACAAUGCAACAGAUAAAGUUGUCAAAACAUGUUUUGUGAAAACAGGAGCAAAAGUACCACUUUUCAGUGACAAUGCUGUUGAUGUGUCUUCUAAUACCCAUCACCUGCAAUUUGAUCACUUGCCUCCAGUCCCACAACAAAAUGCCUUUCCUCCAAAAUAUAUCCUAAAAUUGCCUCAAGACAAGACAGCCUCAGAUUUGUCACUUUUGCUGAGAUCAGAACAGAAGGCUACACCUUGCACAUCUGUGACAGACACCUUAACCAACCCCCUCUGCCCUGCCAACAGCGGGUCGCUCAGCUCUCAUCCUCAUGAUCUGUGUUGGUCCCCUUUAAAAUCUGAAGUGAGACAACAGCCCAGCAAAGCAGAGCUACGACAGGUCAUACACACAAACUGGAGAGCUCCAGUGUUUUGUUCACCAGUCAAUUCAGAAACAACGAAUAUCUUAACCACAGCAGAUAACACCUUUACUAACCAAAAUGUCAGGCAGCAGGAUAUUGUAGAAGACACCUGGAAAAACAAACAGAAUAAAAAUAAGCUGAAUUAUCAAAGGCAAACAGAAGAGAAGUGGACGAGCAUAACUACUUCCUCUGCACAGAGCCCAGCUAAGAAAUUACACUUUACUUCUGCGUAUACAAGUGGUUUUCUCAUAUCAACUGACAUCAAAGAAGAGAAAAAGGUUUUACAUCAUCAUUGCUCAGGAAGUGACUCUUUGAUAAUGAUGUCAGCCUCUAGCAGGGGUGUAGAGCCAACAUUCGUGGGAUGGGACCAAGGGGGAAGUCCCUGCCUUCUUAAGAACAUUUCACCAACACUGCAGGAUACUCGACAUUCUUGGACCUCAACAGACAACCCCACUUAUGUUUGCCAUUCUUUUGGCACUUUUUAUUGCCACAGUCUCACCAAUCACUGUAAAGAAUUCCCAGUGCUAUCCCACGAUACUCUGACUGGCUACCCUGGAGGCGUAAUGGCAUCAAGCAAGCAGAACACCUUCCCAUCACUAAGUGCUGAACCUCAAUUAACGUGGUGUUGUUUAGCAAGAAGCCUUCCUCUGCCUGCUGAGCAGAAGGGGAGUGCAGACUCUGCUUACUCCUCCAUGCACACCUCGGACAAGGAAUCUAGCAAGGAAUGUGCAUUGUCAAAAUAUGAUGUCUCUAUUCUCAAAAUGAAAAAUAUUAACAAGACUGUGGCAUAUGGCUUGACAAACAGGAGUUUAGAGACAUUGGUGCCAUCCUUUUCUAAAGGACAACAGAUGCAGGAGAUAAACUCAGCAGCUCCUGGUGGUGCUUUCAAAAAUAUUUCAGAGCAAAAGAAGAAGACAGUAGUUUGCAAAAAGGAAAAACUCUCAACAAAUAAACUCAAGAGGGUCCACAAACAGAAAAAGAUUAAAAUCACACCAAAAUGGUGCAGAGGGAGGCACGCACACGGAUGUGCUCAGCUGAAGAUCCACCGACUGAGCCAGCGGCACUGCUUGCCAGAGAGAACACUGGAUGCUGUGAGAAAGGGCUAUCUGCCACCACCCUGCAAAUUUAAUAAGUAUAAGAAGUGCCAUUCUCCUCAAUCAAAGGUACAAGAGAAUUAUCGACACCAGCAAAAAGACCCAUCUUGUUGCACCUCAGACAAGCCACUCUGCAGAUGGAAAAAAGAAGGAAAGAAUAACUCAGGAAUAUCUUCCCAUCCUGAAAAUCUAAACCAUGUUAAACAAAAAGACAAAACAGAUAAAAAAGACAUUUCUGGGCAAAUCAGUGAACACACAAGAACAAAAUUCUCUUUUCAGAACAUUACAGCUCCUCUGGAAAUAUCUGUGACAGCUCAUUCCUUUCCAUCCACGCUUACUACAGCCAUGCAGCAAGUCAGCAGUGAUGUGGAGAUCUGCUGCUUAGUGACACAACCACUUGUGCGUCAGCCAUCGGUGCCAGGGGAGUCACAGCCAAACACCCCGAGUGACUCGAUGGCAUCUGCUCUUUGGUCUUGCCCUUCUGAUUUUACAGGCAUAGGUGACCAGUCUGACAGCACAACCUCAGAGACUACUGGUCCUCUCCCCUUACAUCUAGAAGCCAGUCAGGGAAACAUCCUAAAUGUGGAGUCAGAGCGUCAAAGAUUUGGUACAUUAGAGCUGGUGAUCCAGACCUCGGGAAGGGAGAAACCUCCAGCUGAAGGAAACACAAAUUCAUCUUCAAAAGAAAACUCAACUCCAAGUUCACAGCCCGGAUGCUCACAUUUAUUCAGAUCAAAACCAGAGUCUCUUCCUGAGUCAGCCACAAGGGCUACAUUACCCAGUAUAGAAUACACAGAAGGGGCAAACUUUUCUCCAAAAGUCCUUGACCUUCAGGGAAGUACAGCCACGAACAGAGCUCACCUGCAGUCUGGCAGCUACAGAAGGCUGCAUGGCACAGCUACUACUGCUACCUUCAAAAAGCCCCCACUUACUCUCAGGUCCUCAGAGUUCGAGACUUGCUCUGCAGCACCUUGCAAGACAUACAAGAAGAGAGGUUUAGAGAUGAUGAGGAAGCAAACCAGAGUUGAAUAUGACGACACUAGCAGUGAUGAUGAAGAUAGGCUUGUCAUAGAAAUAUAA